AUGCCCGGACGCAGCCCGCCACCGCCGGAGAGUGCCUCCGGGAACUGGAGCGACGGCGAGACGGCGCGACUCAUCGACGCGUGGGGCCCCGUCCACCUGCGCCGCCGCCCGCGGGGCCUCCGCCUGGAGGAGUGGCGCGCCGCGGCCAGGGCCGUGAACGCCCACCGCGCCGCCGCGGGGCGCCGCUUCAACCGCACCCGCGUCCAGUGCCAGACCCGCGUCCGCACCCUCAAGCAGCGGUACAAGGAGGAGCUCCUGAAGCAGCCGCCGUCGGGGUGGCGCCACCUCCCACGGCUCCACGCGUUCCUGGCCAGCCCCGACGACGACUCGCCUCCGGGCAUUCCGGCCGGGGAGCCGGCGGUCGACGCCAAGCAAGAGGUGGCGGAGGAGGCGGCCGGAGGAGGCAUUGGGCUGGCGGAUCGCUGGAGUGUUCCGAGGAGGCCGAGGAAUGCGGCCGCAGGGACGGGGUUCUGCCCGGGGGCGGUGGUGGUGAAGCUGGUGGAGGUGUACGAGCGCGUGGAGCUGGCCAGGAUCGCCGCCGAGAAGGUCAAGAUGGAGAUGCAGCAGGCGCAGAAGGCCAUGAUCGACGCCGUGAAGAUGGAGCAGUAG